AUGAACGGGCUGUCGAUCAGCCAACUCUGCUGCCUCUUCUGCUGCCCUCCCUGCCCCAGUCGCAUCGCUGCCAAACUGGCCUUCCUGCCCCCGGAACCCACCUACGCCGUGGUCCCCGAGCCGGAGUACACGGUGCUCUUCUCGCACGGCAACGCCGUGGACCUGGGGCAGAUGAGCAGCUUCUACAUCGGCCUGGGCACCCGCAUCAACUGCAACAUCUUCUCCUACGACUACUCGGGCUACGGCGUGAGCACAGGCAAGCCCUCGGAGAGGAACCUCUACUCCGACAUCGACGCCGCGUGGCAGGCGCUGCGGACGCG